GAAUUAGAUGCACGCAUGCCAAGUGUAAUCAAGCUGUCGAAGGCUACGCUGAGCUGGGAAGACAGGGCGCCAACUGUCCUGAAGCUGGAGUCUCAAAUCCGGGAAAGUGAGAUGCGUUACGACGAGUUGAGACGCAAAUUUUCGGAAGCUGAACGCCGAUUCGCAUGCACCCUGGAGGAAGCUGCACGAGAUUCCGACGCAAGAAAAUCUUUACUCUUAAGGCUGGCCCGUACUUGUAGAUGUAGUUGCACUACUACUCCUACUACUAAUAGGGAUGUAGAUCAUAUGCUUGAUAUUACUCAUGGAAGAUCAUCAUGUUGUUCUUGUUUCAUGAUCAUGAUGCAUCAGUUUCUCUUCAUCGCCAGUCCGCUAACGCGUGUGUGAAAUAUGGAUAAGCUCUAUCGAGAUAUCGUUGUUCAGCAUAUUAGUUUUCCACUUCUACUUCUUCUUGACAUCCCCCUCUAAUCCCAGAAGAAGAAAAAGACCGCGCAAUUGAACGGCUAGAGACUGAGCUGGACGAGAAGCGAGACCUCCUGGACCGCAG